UUUGAUAAACUAAGUGAAUUUCUACGCUUAACCCCUUUUGGAACAGGCAAUGACAUAACCAGCCUAGAUGACUCAGCUUGCUGACUAAUGUUACCUGUACCUGAGUUUUUGCGGGAAGUCACAUGUUAUGUGAAGUACCAGCGACUUCGUUUGCCCGAGUGCGUUCUGCGUACUCCGGAAAAGCACAACGACCUCCGUCCAAAUCCACCAAAAGUCAGGGGAGACAUUCCGUUCUAGCUGCAUCUCGUUGCCCACUUUGACGAAAGACAUACUACAAACCAACAGCUUGCUUCCAAGCGAAGGACACUCUGUUUUUACUCUCGCACCCACGGCCUCCCUGCUAUCUUAGACCCUGCACUUUACUCCAGAUUAGAACUCCCUUGCUCAGCUACAAGCAGCCCUGUUGCCUGUUCAUACCAGCACACUCCUCCAACAGCGCUACUCAUGGCUAACGACGAAUACGAUUUCCUAUUUAAGGUGGUGCUUAUCGGAGAUUCUGGAGUCGGCAAGUCUAAUCUGCUGAGCCGAUUCACGCGCAAUGAAUUCAACCUCGAUUCCAAGUCCACCAUUGGUGUAGAGUUCGCUACUCGAUCUAUCCAAGUUGACUCAAAAACCAUCAAAUCUCAGAUCUGGGAUACUGCUGGACAGGAACGAUAUCGCGCCAUAACCUCCGCUUACUAUCGUGGCGCUGUUGGCGCUCUUCUUGUUUACGAUGUCAGCAAGCAUCAGACCUACGAGAACGUUACUCGAUGGUUGAAGGAGCUACGGGAUCACGCCGACUCGAACAUCGUCAUCAUGCUGGUCGGAAACAAGAGCGAUCUUAGACAUUUGCGGGCUGUGCCCACUGAGGAGGCCAAACAAUUUGCGAGUGAAAAUAACUUAUCUUUCAUUGAGACUUCUGCCUUGGACGCAAGCAAUGUCGAGCUUGCCUUCCAAAAUAUUCUCACUGGUAAGAUCACUCUGUUGGAUUUUUUGAGUUCUUGUGACUAAGACCUCCUGGCAGAAAUUUUCCGCAUUGUAUCAAGUAAGGCCCUUGAAAGUGGCGAUUCUUCCGCAAACCAGCUCGGCGACCGCAAAGUCGUGGAAAUUACCAAAACCCCAGACUCCGAGAAGAAACAAGGGUGCUGUUGAUUGAUCGAAUCCUAUCCUAUUUCUACGUGUUUACGUUGGAUGUCAUUUAAUGUGCAAAGCAACUAUGAAGGGUACUGGUGGCUGGAGCUUCAUAUCCUGGUUUUCUUUUGUGCUGCGUUUACAUUUCUGUUAUUACAUCUUCUCCCUCCCCCCUUUACUUCCAGUCCCUUCUCAUCCGGCCUAGGAUAAUGAUCGGUUUUUCAUUCCUUUUCAAUCGGAUUCUACAACGAACUUGUUCUAUGAUAGGAGAUGCCUUACUUUUUCAUAUUUCCCCUUUUUCCGCCCUCUAAUUACUUAUCAGAUUUCCUUUCUUAUAUCCUCAUGGUAUUCCGUGGGCUUGACCCUAACCUCCGGCAGAUUUUUUUACUACAUGUAUACUCCUACUGGCCAUGCUGAUAUCAAGACUGCGUUCCUGUCCAGCUCGUCACGAUCGAAAGCCAUCCUUACAAUCGAUCGAAAACUUUAAAUUCUCAAAUCUAGAAGAGUUCAAGACUAAAUGGUAUCCAGGGAGGCAACGGACGAUGUUAGGCAGAUAUUGUGUUGGGCAAAGAAGCAGCCACCUGUUUCACCUGUGUUCCAUAUAUACAUAAACAACAUGGUGUUUAAUUCUCAGCCGUAGGCGGCUCGGGCGGGAAAUUGAUUAAUUUUGACCGAAUGUCAAUGGCUCCUUUUAUACCAAAUAAAACGAAUAAUGGAGGUACAUUAGAAGUUUAUGUCCCUCAUCACUACAGACUAGGUAUAAAAAAUUGGCGAUAUCUACCCAGAACUUCAUAUGAGGUUAUUGUUCUCUAGCGCAAGCCAUAAGAGAGAGAAUCAAGAGAUUACAACACAGGAAUGACAUCUCAUAAUCGACGCUGACAGGUACUUGCUAAUGGUAAACAAAUUGAAAAUGAACCAUCACAUAUCAGAUUUUGCAAUUCCCAGUUCCUGAUCAAAGAUGGCGUCUUUGAAUGCCUCUAUGUCUUCUCCACGCUCAUUAAGAACCCAUUCAAGAGUCUGACCAAAGGUUUCUCCGUUAUUUUCAAACCAUUCUCCAAUGGACUUGACGUAUCGUUCCACUUGUUCCUUGAGUCGCGUGUUCUCCCUCAACCAGAUGACCUGUCCGGGAUCUAACUUCAACAUAUCCUCUACCACAUAAUAAUGAGGGAUUUCAUCGCCCCAGCCCUCUGCGCCUGGAUCAUGAUAAAGAUCCAAGCGAAAUUUGGUGGCAUAUUUGUUUGUGGAAGUUGAGAAUUGGCUUGUUCCAGAUCGAUCAUUUUUCGAGGGGUUAAGGAAGAAGGUUUCCUUGUCAUGGAGUGGCGGAGUAUGCGAACGAUAAGGAUCCGCAAAGUAAAAAUCGGACGAACCGUGCGAUGGAGGGUAGUUCAAGUGAAUGUUGAACGAGAGGGACUGAGUGUUUUCAGGGAAACGCUUGUGGAACUUUCGCUGAAUAGUACCGUUACUCGGACAAAUAUGAUUUUGAACCACUUCACGAAUGACCAGGCGCGUGUCUUCUAUCUCAGCUAGUUCGUCUGUUGACCAAUUAUGCAGCAACUCAGCUCGCUCGCGGACCACGGCAGGAACUGCUCGUGACCCGCG